CUUCACCGGAGCAUGCACAGGCUCGGUCCUCCGGGCCCUGGACUCCAGCCAGCCGACCGGAAAGGCCCCCCAGGCGGCCCGCAGCAUGAUCUCCAUCAGCGAGGGCCAGAAGAUCGGCGUCGGCAUCACUGGCUUCGGCGUCUUCUUCAUCCUCUUUGGGAUUCUCCUGUACUUUGACUCCGUGCUCCUGGCAUUUGGAAAUCUGCUGUUCCUGACCGGCCUCUCCUUCAUCAUCGGCCCAAGGAGGACAUUCUCCUUCUUCUUCCAGCGGCACAAGCUCAAGGGCACCAGCUUCUUCCUGGGUGGCGUGGCCUUGGUACUCCUGCGCUGGCCCCUCCUGGGCAUGCUCCUAGAGACCUACGGGUUCUUCAGUCUGUUCAAGGGCUUCUUCCCUGUGGCCUUUGGCUUCCUGGGCAACGCCUCCAGCAUCCCCUUCCUGAGUGCGCUGUUCCGGAGGCUGCAAGGUACCAGCUCAAUGGUCUGAACUACAGAGAUGAGCUCCUUGAACUUGGAUCGCUGAUUAAGUGGCAGGAAGGGAACUGGAGGCCACCUCCACAGGCCCCCACUCAGCGCUGGCUCUGUCCCUGUCAUCACCAGGCCUCCUCAAGUCCUAAAGGAAGGAUGGAGCUGGGUGACUGCGAACCUCUGAGUCAACUCAAAAGGCCACAGGGACAGUUGGGGCAGAGUUCACAGCCCCUCUGAGACCUACCUGGGGCUCGCAGCACAUCAUGCCCUGUACAUAUGGAAGGGAAAGUGAAGAUUAAAUCCCUGCGCUGUGACUAAA